UUUUCCAAUGUUGUCUUGGUGUUGGAGGGCAAGUGUCGUGAGUACAUUCUGUUAAUACGGACGAGUUUGAACUCGGUAAAACAUGUAGAUUGCGUUAUAUUAUUAGUAACACACGAUAACAAACAAUCUAGGCACUAUUCACAAUGAAAAGCAUGUUCUAAAGAAAUAAUACUAGCUGUAUAGGAAGGGGUUAUUUCCCAUAGAAAUCACGCUCGGGAUAAAGAACAUUUAGUAUCGGGCUGAUUAAACCCCAAAAGAACAAGCAUGGAUAAUAAGGAGGCAUCACUCAUAGAGUUGUUGAAAAAGGCUGCAGAAGAUGAGAAAAUGUCGACAGUUCCACAGUGGGCACCGAAAAUACUGAUGACACCGGAGAAAGAUGGCCUAUUUGUGGAAUUUGCACCACCUUUUAAAAGCGCAGAUUAUUAUAGAAUUUGCGUCAUGGAUCCGAAAAAGUGGUGUGUGGGUGGCAAUCAACGACUUAAUUACACGGCUAACAAGUUAUUUGUUCCCAGUGUACCCAGAAACCAUACCUACGAUGUUAUGGUACGACCAUUCAAAGCUAGCGGCGAUUACCUAGAUGAUUGGAUUUCUCAACGCUAUUUCUAUCCACCAGAUGUUACAGGUAGUACCGAGGGGCCAAUAUCAGAAGCUUCGUCAGUAGAGCAACUACCUAUAGCGGAUAAUACGCAGACAAUAGUUAUUGCAGUUGGCCUCUGUAUUCUAGCACUUAUUGUUGUUACUCUAUUAUACAUAGUGUUAAGAAAGGAAUGGGUCUUUAAAAGGCCGUGUAUUGAGUUUCAAGAAGAAUGUGUGGCGUUACGAUCUGAGGAAGUUGAGAUUACUCCAAUAUACAUCCCAGAGCAGCCUUUUAUUUGUGCCGUGAAACACCAUUUAGAUCUUCUUGAAAAAAUUGAUGGAAUAACCAUAAAAGAGACGCCUUUACCUUCUACUACGGGAGAAAAUAACCAUCAAAAUAUUCAUGCCUGGAUCGAUUAUCAAAUACGUUCUUUUAAUGCUAUAAAAAACAAACAAAUACUAAUAUACGUUUCUUCCAGACUCUUAAACAGUUUAGACCCCUCAAUCAGCAGAAACGAAGGAUGCGACACAAUUUGUAAUGAGUUCAUUAAUCGUUUAGCGGAGAAGCUCCGGGACGGUGGGAAAAGGCCUUUUAUUGUGUGCUUUGGGGAUGUGACGCCUUAUACUACUGCAUUGACACAGUCCUUGGCAAUGUCACGAUUUAAUGAUCUUCGGUCUGUGGUUCAGUGUGAUAACCAAAGAUUGAAUAUUGAUGGCACAUAUUCAUUAAUACGUGACUUAACUAACGAAUCAUGUGAUCAUUUAUUCACUACGGAGGAAUUGGGCGAGUUUCGCAGAAAAGUGAGCAUUCUCUUAAAUCAGACAACAAACAGCGAAAAUGUCCCUUAUGCAGACCCAGAUCAGACAAUAAUUAACUGUAACGGUUAUUCACCUAUAAAUCACGUGGCAGUGAACUGUAACGGAAGAGUGCCUCAAAAUGAAAGUACUCAAUAUUGUGACGGGCGCCUUUUUUCCAACUGUAACGGCGCGACAAGUGGUUACAGAACAAACGACACUACAUCACCUGACAGCGUAUUGCUUUCCAUGGAGGAAAGCAAUGGCGUGGAGGAAACAUUCAUAGCGCCAUCCAGUAUCAAUGACAGUUGUGGAAACAUUACAGAAGCAUUUGAAAAUAUCAAUCAAAGAUCGUGUUGGCUUUCAGAACAAUGUUAAAUGAUGAUUUCACUCUGAUCAAAUUAUCGAUGUAUACAUCUGUCAUACUUUGUAUGUUCAACUGAAUCGUGUUUCUAAAUAUUGUGACUCAUAUCGUGGACAGAAUUUGAUUUAUCAAUUCAAAUAUUUAGUAUUGUGUUUUGUGUCAGCUUUAGUAUGAGGAUGUUCAACUCCAUUCCAUUUCACUUUGUUUCAUUUUAUAGUUUGUAGCCAUGGACAUUAAAUGGUUCUAUCAGGGAUAUCGACCAAUCGUCCAAAUAACUAAAUUCGAAAAUAAAUAUUAAAAUAUAGCAUGAUGUCAUUUUAAUUGAUUCGACUGAAUCUUAAAAAUAUAAACCUGAUAGCCGUUUUCCAUGCUUUUAUUGUGCCUGGUGACGUUUUUUUUUUUAUCUCCCUGUCAACAUUUUAAUUGAAGUUUGUCAAUAGAAGUUGAGUUUGGCUAUUUGAGGGUUUAUUAAGAAAGCAAAAUCAAAAUACUAACAGUGGAAAAUCUCUAUCAAAUACGUAUAGGUGGCGCUGGCUUGCUUAUAUGGUUUUCAUUGUAUGCAGAAUGUGUCAAAAGUUUCAAUUGGUCUUGUGUAAAUACUGAACAGAAGUGAGCCAUUUUUUGGACUGAUAUUCCUUUUAGAAAUUCAACAUUACUGUAUUUAGCAAAUGAUUCAAAAUCUCUCAAAUGACGAUAAGUGGAUUUAACACUUUAACUUUAAAAAGUUUGCCAAUAUUAAUAAUUAAAGAUACAUUAUGGGAGAUUAGAUAAAGAGCUGACAGUUCUCGCUGUAAUAGUUAAAAAUUAGAUAAUGUGAAGGGAAUUUGCUGAAAGUUUCAGUCAAAUUGAUCCACUGUGAACCGAGAAUUUAGCGAUUGAAUUUUCGGCCUAGCCUCGAUCAUCAUUACUAAAGUCGGUACAAUAAAAACAUAGUCUCGAUUAUCCAUUUCAUAUUAAAUCAUGAAUGAAAGUUGAGCAGCAAAUCGGAUCCUAAUCCAGUAGCGAUGACGUCGAGAGCUGAUUAUGAUCUGAAUAAGUUAAUUAAUCUCUAAUUAAUAAUUAGAUAACAUUUGAAGCCUAAAGAAAGACCAAAAAAAUAGGCAGAUUUAGCUCUUGCAUAAUGUAUGUUUAAGAAUUAGAAUAAUUGAUAUUCAGUAAUUAUUCCUUUCUUUUCUUUCUUCUGACUUCGAUAUUAAAAUAUUGCAAGCUGUACUAAGAUCGAUGCAUACGGUCAUAUGAAUUUGGCUAGAAAAUAACUAUGAUGUACCGUUCUUCCAUUAAAGGGGCAUUAUGUAAGAUUAGAUAAAGAGCUGAUAGUUCUCGCUAUAACAGAUAAACCAUAGAUAAUCAAAAUUAUCAUUGGAUAAUCUCUUAUUUAUUUGAAAUACCUCCCAGUUCCUACUGUGUGAGAUCUAUUUCUUAAGGUCACCUCCAGAUUUGGUCAAAGGUCACGAGAUGCAAACACUAAUAUAACCCACAAUCUCAUCAUCAAUCACGUGCCCUAAACUUAUUUACAUCUCAACGGCCUUGACGAAAUCUGGAGAUGGCCUUAAAAAAUAGAUCGAGCCAUCCUACUGUCAUGAAGGUUAAUAAAUCGAAUUUUGAACUAUGAAAAACGAAACGAAACAAUAUAAGUGUUAGCUUAGUCGCUAUUGACUGUAUGUGUAAAGGUUAAGAUAUGGGAAUUGAAGGUAGGAAGGUGGACGGAAAGUGAAUAGACGUGAGAUCAAUGGAGUGUAAUCAUAACUGAUGGAUAGGAUUAAUCUAUAAUUGUUGUAGCAAUAGGUUUUGUGUUUUUAUGACAAGGAGGAACAAAAGCUAAUAUAUUAAAGACUUCUUUGGAAUAUUGACAAAGAUGUAUAUUUGAAUCAUCCUAAUAGUCGUUAUACUUGAAUCUAACUUAAAAUCCCCCAACCUGAAAACUGAAUUGUUCAGAAAAGUUUGGUACCAAUGACCUUAUAUGCGUAUUAAAAAGAAUGUAGUAACGAUAUAUCCCUAAAAGUUUGAUGCCCCCGCCUCUGUAUUCGACCCUGGCACAAAUAUUUGUUUUAUAAAAGAUCUCAUGUAAAUAAUGUUCGUUUUAUAUAGUGCUGUAAUAUGACAUAUAAUAUACAUUAGAUAUCAUAUCAUCAUUACAUAUUACAGUGUUCUAUCAGCAUUUUCUGUACAUACUCCAGCAUGGUGGGAAAGUAAACCCAAAGAAAAAUCCAUGCUGUUGAUUCAUUAAGUUACCGUCCUGGAUUUCCGGCUUUGCUCAACACUAGUGCUCACGGGUAAUUAUUUCUCGGCUGUACGACUUCUUUUCACCUCUUACUGUUUCUCUCCGAUCAUUUUGUGGCUUGAGCUUACUUUGCCAAUGAACAUAAUUGGCUGAAUAAUGACGGAUGUGGCUGGUAUAUCCAAUAUACAUGAAUUAUAAUAAGAUAUUGAAAUUCUGACAUUCCAUCAAUUUAGAUAACGUACUCGCAUUUCCUUUAAUUAGAUAAAAAAAAAAAACCUCCUUGUCGAGUAUACAGCCUGGAAAAAAAUAAAUGGAAUUUUAUUUGACUUGAUAUUCCAUGUUACCAAUUAUAUGUGUUGAGUUUGAUUGUCUAAAAAGACCCACGAACUUUUCUCAUUAUACUGGUGCUAAAAUUAUCAACUAUAAAGACAUCCACCUUUCGGCUGCAGGGUGCGUCUAUAUUUAACUCACGGCUAGCAAAUUAUCGGUUUAGUACAUGAGAAAUUGUCAACGUGUGACCUCAGAAUAUGAUCUUUAAUCAUUGGUAGGAUAUAAUUCCUUCCGUAUUAUCCGGAAUUGUUUGAUUUUACAGAUCAGUUAUUUAUAGACCUAAUUAUAGAGAAGGGCACCAUGAAUAUUGUGAAUCAUAAUUAUCGUAAAUAUUCAACAUAUGUGUAAAUGAUGUCUUUGAUAUUUUGAGAUCAUGAAUGCAGUUUUUGUUUUAUAAAUAUCUAAAUUCGUUCACAAAUACAUUCACUAUAGUAAUCAUUUUUAACAUUUGGCCUCUCCCACCUAGCUCAUCAGCCUUGUACGUGUACACGUGUUUCUAUGAUGUAAAUCUAUAUUUGUAAAUAAAUAAUGUGCUCUGUGAUCGAGCUGUACAUAAUUAUAUUAAUCGAUUGUUCAUGAAGUUAUUUAAUAUUGUUUGUAUUGUGCCUUUAUGUAAAGAUCUAACAUGAUAAUGUACUGUUAUAAAUAAGAUUGUUUACUGUAAUACUAAUUAUUAAUUGUAAUACAGAUGAUUUACUGUAAUAGUUUUAAGAUAAUUUUUUGAUGUCAUACUGAUAUUGUUUGCUGAUAUUAAAUAAGGAAAAUUUAUGGAAAUACUGGUGAUAAUUUACUGUAAUACCAGAGUUAUUUAUUUAGCAUAAUACUGUUAUAUCGAUGAUUUACAGUAAUUCUUUGUUAUCAAACGGACUAUUAUUUAUCACAGAUCAUCGUUUACUGUAAUACUGAUGAUUUACAGUAAUACUGAUUACUUACUGUAAUACUGAUGAUCUUACUGUACUACUGGUGACCUUACUGUAAUACUGAUGAUUUACUGUAAUAUUGAUGAUCUUACUGCAAUACAGGUGAUCUUACUGUAAUACGGGUGUUCUUACUGUAAUACUGGUGAUCUUACUGUAAUAUUGUUGACGUUACUGUAAUACUGAUGAUCUUACUGUAAUACUGUUGUUCUUACUAUCAUGCUUGCAUUUACUAUAAUACUUACAAAUAUAUGGAGUGAAUGAUUUUAUUUUAAUACAGCAGUACUACAAAGUUUGAACAAACUAAGGGUGGCCAUCCAUCGGGUGCUCCUAAAAUCUAAGAUUGUAUGGAAGUAUGUGACAUUUGAAAGACUAGACUUUACAUCUAGUGCUUUAUGCUGCCUUAGUUUGAAUGCAGUUUAAUUAACUGUAUUGUUCCAUUACAUUGAUCUUGUGGUUGAAGUACAAUGUAGUUGAACAUUGGCGGGGAGAGGUGUCCAUAUUAGUAGUCGGGUUGACUCUGAGACUGCCAUAGAAAGUUACCCAAAAAUAUUUAUGAUUAGAAAGAGAUCUUGAAAAUAUAGCAGCUGGUUUUGUAAUGGAUUUGAUUGUUGUUGAAUGGGACUAAUUAAUAUUGAGCAAAUUUAUGGUUGAAAUUGGAAAAUAAUUGAAAUUGAGCAAAUAAUUGAGAUUGAUCAAAUUAUUGAAAUUUAGUUUAAAAGCGAAUAACUGAGAUUGGGCAAAUAAUUGAAAGUAAGCAAAUGAUUGAGAUUGGACAAAUAAUUGCAACUGAUGUCGAAAUAUUAUGACAUGAGAAGUUUAAGAAUAAUGUAUGAAGUUGUAUAUGUUAUAUUGUAAAGUGCCAUGUUAUGUUCUUGCCGCAAAGUAGGUUAUAAUAAAAACACAAUAUUAUAACUAA